AUGGAAGGCCAGCUUGUAGAAAGAACAAGAGGAAGGCCCUCUGAACGACGGUCAGCCAACAAAUGGGGAGAGGUGAAGAACCGAAUUCUCACAAGGAUUAAAUACCCUACGAACAUCGUUGGCCAGUUAACGCCAGAACAACUAGACGCCUUCCAGUUGGUCUUUAGGAUAGAGGAAAUAACACAGAAGCUAGAAACACAUCAAGUCGUACCUGAAGAAAAACUUAGAUCACCUUCUCCAACUCCCAUUUAUAACAGCAACGGUAAGAGAAUCAAUACCAUUGACAUAAGAUACACUGAAAAAUUAGAGAAGGAGAGACAUGUCUUGGUGGAGAGAGCGAUGAAAACUGUGCCUGGAUUCACCGCCCCCAUCAACUACAAGAGACCAGGAAAAACCAGUGAAAAACUCUAUUUACCUACCAAAGAUUAUCCGGAUAUUAAUUUCAUAGGACUGCUCUUGGGCCCCCGAGGAAACACAUUGAAGAAAUUACAGGACGAGAGUGGUGCCCAUAUCGGAAUCAGAGGAAAAGGAUCGGUCAAAACAGGUAGGAACAAUAAUGCUGCAGGCUCACAUCAAAGCCAUAUGGAUGACGAAUUACACUGUUUGAUAACUUCAGAAUCUCAAGAAAAGAUCAAGAAGGCCGUUGCUCUGUGCAAUGAGAUAAUUGAAAAGGCGAUUGUCAGCCCUGAAGGGCAAAACGAUAUGAAGAGAGGUCAACUAAGAGAGCUAGCAGUUCUCAAUGGUACUUUGAGAACCACAGAAAAUAGAGCAUGUACGCUAUGUGGAGAACUGGGCCACCUUAGACACGAUUGCCCUAAGAAGCAAAGCUUUACUCAAACUGUAGUGUGUCGAAAUUGUGGACAAACUGGACAUUUUGCUAGGGACUGUAAGUUUAGUGGCUUUGAAAAUGAAAGAGCAGAGGAUAGAGAAAUUGAUCAGAUGAUGAAUGACCUCAAUGGGGAUGCUCCGAGUUACAACAUGAAAACUCUGAAUUCGUCCACCGAACCAGGUUCAGUUCCAAUUCCCCAGCAAGAUCAAAUUAAUAAUUUGUUUCAGAAUCCUAGUAAGAGACCUCAUAUUGAUGACGAAGCAUCUGAGUCCAAGCGACCUGCUAUUAAGGCUCCGUUGGGGUUGAGUGUUUCUGUUGAUCCACAACCCAUUCAAUCUCUACCGUUUCCUCCAGGUGCCGGGAAUUCAUCGUUUCUACCACCUCCUCCUCCCCCAAUGGCUGGAUCAAGCAUACCACCACCACCCCCUCCAGCCGUGACAACAAAGCUACCGCCACCACCACCUCCUCCAGUAAGUACAAGGAAGCCCCCUCCUCCUCCACCGCCUUCAGUUCCUACUGCAAAGCCACCUCCACCUCCGCCACAAUGA